GAGAGCGGUCCGGAUCGACACUGACACGCAUGGCAGGGCCAACCCCGACAGCGACGGCUCAUUCGGAUGGAUCCGCAAGGCGAACAUGGAGACAGAUAGGUCUGCGAGGCGGCGCAUUGCAGGCCAAACGCAAGAGUCGAUCGACGCCCGCGGAUACAUUCUUGAGAACAAGUCGGUCCUUCUGCGUCACGUGUCGUCCUCCCUGGCCGGGACGAGGUUGGUUUCUCCAACAUGUGGAUCCUGGCCCACAGCAGACAGCUGGCUCGCGGAGAUGCGCGGCGAGCCUAAGGCGCCGGUCUUCGAGCAAAAGACCGUCUUUGAAGCGGCAGAGGAGUACUGCAAGAGAGGCUUCCGCGUGGCAGCAGUGAAUGCGGCUUCGGCCUACCAUGCCGGCGGCGGCUUCGCCACUGGCGGCCGGCACGCCUUGGAGGAGUCGAUGUGCAUUCAGAGCACGCUCUUUCCGUCCCUUCAGCUUGGAGAAGCCCUGGCCAAGAAGGCCGGGGUUGUGAGUCCAAGUUUCGUUCCAUGCCGACGUGAUGGCAGUCCAUGGACUCCUCAUUUGCCGGCAGAUGGUGUCCUUCUCUCGCCCUCUGUGGAGGUUUUCCGGAACGGCACCAACGAAGGAUACCCCUUCCUUGCGACACCCUUCCAGCUUCAGGCCGUGAUCUCGGUGGCCAUGCCGAACUGCAAUCCUACCAUGAGCGACUCACCUGUCGACGCUCCCUCGGACCCCGUGGAGUACGCCGAGGCCUUGAAGUCGCGGUGGCGUGCAACACUCGUGGCCGCGAUUGAGGCCAGCGCCAACUGUGUGGUUCUCCCAGAUGCCGGCUGUGGAGUUUUCAAGAACGAUCCCAAG